AUGACAGACCCCAUUACCCGCACUGCGACCUUGACCUUCGCCAGCAGCACAGCAACCAUCACCCUCACAAUCGACCCGGACACGACCGAAUCCGACCCCGAACCGACCGCCGCGCCCUCCUCGCAACCACUACCCGAAUUCUCGUUCGUCCCGCCGCCAGCCUUCACCAUAUCCUCGUUGGACUUCACGCCCGUGCCCCGCCCCUCGACAACGGCGACAACGACCAAGCCCUCGCUGGUCGUCAUUCCCAUCCCGAGCAGCACCAGCACCAUCACCACCACCACCACCGCCGGCAGACCUGCCUUUGGGCUGCCGCCGACAGAUAUCACGACCACGACGACAGCGACCACGACGGCGCCCGGUGUAGCCAACGGCGCGGUGGAUAGUAGUACUACUGUUACUGCUACUGCUAUUACCACGAUAAGCAGUAGUAGUAGCGGCGCGGAUGUGGGUGAGGGGAGUGCAGGUCCUGCGGGGUCAGUGACUGUCGUCGUGACGGUGACGGAGAGGGAGACCGUGCGGGAGACCGUGACGGAGACGACGACUGCGACGGCGACGGCUAUUGUAACGGCGGGGAGUGUUGUCAUUGCCUGA